CAGACAGCUAAGAAAAUUGAUACGGUAACUGCUUGUGAUUACCGAUCAAUUAUGGUGCCCCUGCUGAAGUCAAUCAUGCGGGCACAACUGGAAGAUCUGGCUAACAAAGAUGCAGAAGACAAGUAUAAGGCUGUAGAAGAAGCAUUCUUAUCAGAAUUUGGACUUGAUGACAAGGAAAAGACUGACAAAGGAGGUGGUAAUGCAAGACAUGGACAGAGAAAAUCAAAGUAUAAAAAGAAGAAAAAGGAUAAAAGAUGGCCCAAGGAAUUAAAGGCAACUGGAGGUAGUGAGGAGCAACGGGAAAAUGUGGAGCAAAUGCUGUGCCUCAGUUCUUUUCCAGCUGCACGUGAUGGAAAUGAUCCUACUAAUCCUGAGAUUGUUGGUCCUGUAACCACUGAUGAAUUGGAGCAAGAGGAAUGGAAACUUACACCUGAGGAGGAGAAAGAGCAAAGAAUGCUUGAUGAGCAUUUGGAGUAUCAGAGGCAGAUUGAGAAUGAGGCCAAACAAAAGCGCCUUGCUGAGCUAAAUAAAGCCCGAAGCAGUGAAGGAAAUGUGGAAAAAAUGUCCCUUAGACGCAUCAACUUUGAUGAUUUUCACUGGAAAUAUUUUUAUCAAGCUCAGGGUGUCAAAUUGGAUGAGAAAUUAUGCAAACUUCAACAAGAGUUGCACCUUACCCCAUAUAACUUGAAUCUGACUAGAUCCAAUUAGAGGUAAUAAAU